UAUUUGUUUAAUGUUUUUGAUAGUUCCGUAAUAAGAAAUAGACACUAAUAAAAAUAAUAUUUUUACGAAAGGCAUUUUCAAAUGUUCAUUGACUUUUUUUUUCAUUCUGGCAUCUUUGUGAGCUAUUUAAAUCAAUUGCUUAUUUAAUUCUGUUAAUUAAUAUAGUUUCUUUGAAGAUCAGUUUUUAAUAAUGAUAUCAUUAAAUUUGGGACAUAAAAAAAUGUUUUCUGAUAGCGGUACCGUAUAUAUAAUUGCGGAAAUAGGACAAAACCAUCAAGGUAAUCUUAAUACCGCAAAGGAAAUGAUAUCGAAAGCCAAAAUAAUAGGAUGUGACUGCGUAAAAUUUCAAAAAUCGUGCCUUCCAGCAAAAUUUUCGAAAGCAGCCCUUACACGCCCUUAUAUAUCAGAGAACUCUUUUGGCAAUACUUAUGGUGAACAUAAGGAAUUCCUGGAGUUUAGCGAAAACCAAUAUAGAGAAUUACAAACAUGUUCGAAAAAUAUUGGAAUAGAUUUUACUGCAUCAGCUAUGGAUGAGAUCUCUUUAGAUUUUUUAAAUGAGCUGAAUGUGCCUUUUAUAAAAAUAGGCUCCGGAGAUGCCAAUAAUGUUCUGCUUUUGAGGAAAGCAGCAAAAAUGGAUAUUCCCUUAGUUGUAUCUACAGGAAUGCAAACGACUGAAACCAUCCAGAAAAUUGUUGAUAUAAUGGAACAAAGUAACAAAACUAAUUACGCCUUAAUGCAUUGCGUUUCUGCUUACCCUACUGAUCCAGAGGAUUGUUCUUUACAAAUGAUAACUCGUCUAAAAGAGCAGUAUCCCAACAUAGUAAUAGGAUAUUCUGGUCAUGAAAGGGGCAUUGACAUAAGUAAAGCAGCUGUGCUAUUAGGAGCCAGAAUUAUAGAACGACAUUUUACUUUAGAUAAUAAUCAGAAGGGUUCAGAUCAUAAAUGUUCAUUGGAGCCCCAUGAAUUUAAAAGCCUUGUUGAUGAAAUAAAGGUAUUAGAAAAACUUCGUAUAUUGAAUAAGGAACAAAUUUUGAAUAUGUUUGAACAUCAGAAUGUUAUCAAAUUGGCUUUGAAGGAUAUAAAGUCAAAAAUUAUACUUCCAAGUGAAAUGCAAUGUAGAAAUAAAUUAGGAAAAUCAAUUGUGGCGACUAGGUUUUUGAAAGCUGGUAAUAUUUUAAAUGUAUGCGAUAUUUGUAUUAAAGUAAGUGAGCCAAAUGGUAUAUCUGCCGAAUAUUUUGAUUCUGUAAUAGAUAAACAGAUCGCAGCCGAUGUGAAUGGCGAUUCGCCUUUAAUGUGGCAUCACAUUUCUGUUUAAUUUUAAUUAGUUUUUCUGAAUAUAUGUCAUUAGUCAA